AUGGCGAACUUCGUGCUGGAUUUUCUGGCUUCGCUGUUCAAGAAUGAAGAAACUUUAAUGAUCUAUUUAUCGUACAUGUUUAUAGUGUGUGGUUUACUAACAGUCUUGACCCUGUGGUUGGUGACAGCUCCGUACGGACGCUAUUCCAGGAGCGGUUGGGGCAUCCUUGUCCCCUCGACGACGGCGUGGCUGCUGCAAGAACUGCCGUGUUUGUUGGUCCCGUUGAUGUUGGUUUUAUUCUCCGACUGCCCCAGGUCUAUCUACUACACCAACCGAUUUGUGCUGGGCUUGUUUCUCCUGCAUUACUGCCAACGGGCCCUAAUUUUCCCUUUCUUGAUAAGGGGAGGCAAACCAACGCCAGUGUCUGUCUUCUUGAUGGCGGCAGGUUUCUGUAUUGUCAAUGGCUACCUACAGACAGGGCUACAUCCUGAAAUAUGCAGAUUUGACAUGGACACCCCAGAUCUUCUUACAUUGAACUUAUUUUUUUAUUUUCAAAAUCUUUUAGGUGUAUUGCUGUUUCUAUCAGGCAUGAUUAUUAACCUUCAUUCAGACAGCGUUCUCAGAAAUUUACGAAAACCUGGCGAGAGUGGUUACAAGAUUCCAUAUGGUGGGAUGUUCAAUUAUGUUUCUGGUGCUAAUUUCUUGGGUGAGAUUUUAGAGUGGUGGGGAUUUGCCAUUUUGAGCUGGAAUCUACCUGCUCUUGCAUUUGCUAUUUUCACACUGUGCAACAUCGGACCCAGAAAAUUUGAUGAUUACCCCGCCAGCAGGAAAGCUUUAAUUCCUUUUUUGUUGUAG